AUGCAGCAACAUCUCCUCAUUGUGUGUGCAGGCCAAGUUUGGACCGCCUGCCACAACGUUCCCCGCCGCGUGAUUGCGGUGGCGGCCGUGCCGGAGCUCUGCACUGACAAGAAGCCCCCGGGCAGCAACUACACCUGCGCCCAGCAGAAGAAGUUCGGGGCGUGCGAGGCGUCAUGGAUGCUCGAGGGCGGCUUCUGUGCUGACACCUGCAAGCGCUGGCCGUGCGCUACCGCCGUCCCACCCCCGCCCGGCCCCAGCGGCGUCCCGCCGGGCUGCACGGACGUGCCCCCAGCUGGCUCAAACUACUCGUGCGCUCAGCAGGCCGAGUACGGCGCCUGCGACAAGGACUUCAUGAUCCGCGAGAACGCCUGCGCCCGCACCUGCGGCCGGCCCCCCUGCCCAGCCAUCUUCACCGCCAAGCUCGCGCGCGCGGCCCGCAACGCCACCACACAAGCCGAGGAGGCCCUGGGCAACGCCACCCUCCCCCCGUCUCCGUCAUAG